AUGGUCAUGGCGGAGGGGACGGCUGUGCUGAGGCGGAACAGGCCGGGUACCAAGGCUCAGGAUUUCUAUAAUUGGCCUGAUGAAUCCUUUGAUGAAAUGGACAGUACCCUUGCUGUUCAGCAGUAUAUUCAACAGAACAUAAGAGCAGAUUGUUCCAAUAUUGACAAAAUUCUUGAACCACCUGAAGGCCAAGAUGAAGGUGUAUGGAAGUAUGAACAUUUAAGGCAAUUCUGUCUUGAGCUAAAUGGACUUGCUGUCAAACUUCAGAGUGAAUGCCAUCCAGAUACAUGCACUCAGAUGACGGCAACUGAACAGUGGAUUUUUCUUUGUGCAGCUCAUAAAACACCAAAAGAGUGUCCUGCUAUAGACUACACUAGACACACACUUGAUGGUGCUGCAUGUCUUCUGAAUAGCAAUAAAUAUUUUCCCAGCAGGGUUAGCAUAAAGGAGUCAUCUGUAGCAAAACUAGGAUCAGUAUGCCGUAGGAUUUACAGAAUAUUUUCACAUGCUUAUUUUCAUCACCGGCAGAUAUUUGAUGAAUAUGAAAAUGAAACAUUUUUGUGUCAUCGGUUUACUAAAUUUGUUAUGAAAUAUAAUUUGAUGUCCAAGGAUAACCUGAUUGUACCAAUUUUAGAAGAAGAAGUUCAGAAUUCAGUUUCUGGGGAAAGUGAAGCAUGA